GACUUGGCGCGCGCGGUCGCUUCCGUUCGAAUUUUAAAUGAAAAAGCGCGCGAAGCUACGACUUACUCUUUUCUUGACGGCCAUUAUUCGCUGUUUAAAUUCGGAUGUCAAAUGGCAUUGAUAAUAAAUUACAAACAGCCAGUGUUAUCAUCUGGUAUCUACGGGUCAGUGAUGGAACGUACGCCAUUUUCUAACUUUAGGAAGAAAAGAGAUAAGUAAUCGUGGGUGUAAAUGUCGAUACAAUAACAGGCAGUACUGAGGUAACAAGCAAAGUUAUUAAGCUGUCCUUUCGCGGAAAUACGGACGUUGAAUCAUACACCGGUUAUCGCGGUUUGUGUCGAGCAACAUGGUUGAGGUUUCGAGUUGGAUUCCCCAUUCAGUUGUAGAAACACUACGCGAUCGUUCCGCUCAACCGGUAAUCGCUUGGCUGACCACGAUACGCGCUACCACAGAAGAAUACGACCCCCUUAUAGUGGUCCGACCCGCUUCUAUGGCUUCUGAAGACGAAUCAGACGGAGCGUUCGAUGAAAUACUCUCUCAACUUGGAAAAGAGAUCUACAAAUUGGAUGAGUACCAGCGAAACUUCAACCCACCUCCUGCUCAGGUUUCCCACAGUAUAAUGAACAUCUUCGACAGUUGUCUAGAGGAUAUAAAGGUUCAGAACGAAUUGCCGGGUGAACAAGUGAACUGUGUAAACAUGGAUAGUAACAGUGUCAUUCCUUUCGUGACCAGUACGCCUGAAAAGACAGUGACAGUGAAAGAUAGUGAUUUCGAAAAGCCACCUGUGCCGCCGCGCAAUUUUAAACCGUCCCUCUCUAAGUUAGAAUUGAAAAUUCGCUCGGAAUCAGAUAGUGACUCGGAGAGCACGUGUUGGAGUUACAAGGAAUGCAACCCAGGUGUUAGCAAGGACACGUACGCCGUCGUGUGGUGUCAUUCGAGCGGUUAUCACAACUCCGACGAGAUUCUACGCCGUGUCUUGUCUAAAGCCGAGCAGCGGGCUACGAUUUCACAAUUGUCAUUCGAUACAGUCAGUGAUUUUUCGCCACAGCCCUUCUCCAUCUACGCUUUGGAAGAGGUGGGAGACAGGUGCGAUUCAGACUCAGUUGACGAUAUGACGGCGGGCAGGCCGACCGACGACGGCUACGAGCCGGUGCGUGACGCGUUUACUGACGAAAAUAUUUACGAGGAAAUUGAAUACGGCUGUAGUUAUACGGACGAGGGAUGCUCCUGCGGGGGAAGUAUCGAAGUGGAUAGUUUAAUAAGUGUCAGUUCCGAGGUUAGUCGCGAGAGUCCCUUAUAUGCGAAUUUACGGGACAAUGACGCGUAUGCCAUAUCGUCGGAUGUUAUUUACUGGAAGAAUCUCCUCCAGGAUCCGUUUUAUAACGAGGACGAAGAAGAUGAGUGGAUAACCCCAGAGGAGUGCGAGGUGUACACGAGAGAGAGAAGACCGCCGCUUGUCAUUCCUCGCAUCACGCAGUACAGGCCGCAGCUGAGACGGGAGCAGCGGCAGCAAAUCUCAUAUCCCGAGGAUAGCUUGCAAGACGCACCAAGUAAGUCAUGGAACUGGUCACCGACGUCGGAGAGAACCCGCUUAGAUCUGGAGAGGAGUUUCAGCAAAUCCAACUGCGAGAGUCCUCCGCUAUGGGUCAGCAAGAGACUUGGUGGCUCGUCAGAAAACCUCCUGAUAAAUGCGCGCCGUCCGAACCAUUUGCAGCUGCCUGCGUCGUCAUCUGGAGACAGUCUGGAUGUGGAAGUUCGGGAGAGGAACCCAGGGUUUCCGAAGAAGGAGCGGAAGUCCAGAUCGAUGGUGGCGCCGAAACACAAGAUCCAGCGGCCGCCGAUGUCAUCACCUAGGUUGACGCAUCACCCGAUUGAGGCAACAGUGUUGUACGAGAGUCCAAUAAAACGCACCAAGUUCUUUGAGGGUGGCAAGAAGAGUAAGAAGAACUGGACUGACUGCUACAUGAUUCUCACUCCGACUGCCCUCGUCUUCUACAAGGAUCGGCGGACAUAUUUAGCAACGAGAAUGCCAAAGCCGAUGAACGCGCCGCCAAACGCGGCAGCUCCCAGAGCUGAGCUGGUCCUGCCGUUGCUCAACGCCCACAUUGUACAAUGCAUUCAGAUGCACACACGACGAUUCACCAGAUCUCUUGUUCUGACCGUGGAACAUGACCAAUAUCUCCUGCAAGAUGAGAAUGAAGAAGGUGCCAAAAGACUCCUGCAAUGCAUACAAAAUGUUAUCUACAAACUGGGUCCACCAGCGUUAGAUGACAGACCUAGUCCGCAGUAUCUCAGCAGUAACACAGAUAUAGAAAGCCUGGGUAGGACGCCCCCUGUCUCUCGGCACGCAAAUAGGAACAAACAGAAAGCAGGUGGCAGCAGCAAUGAAGAUCUCAGUGACUCUACGGAAGUUUCCAAGUCGCACGUGAGAAGUAGACUUAAAAGAUUCUUCGCGAAACGGCCUGCCAUGGAGGUACUAGUGAAGAAAGGCAUCUACAAAGAUGAACCAGUCUUCGGCCGGAAUCUCGAGGAGGUGUGUCCGCCGACCAGUCCGCGGGUACCGGACUUUGUCAGGGCAUGUGUGAAGGAGAUAGAGAGCAGUGAGGAAAAUAUGUGUACGGACGGUCUGUACCGAGCCAGUGGUAACUUGAGCCAGGUGCAGAAGAUACGACUUGAGAUUGAUCAGAACAACACCAAUGUGAUUGAAAAUAGCAACGACAUCCACGUACUUACUGGUUCGUUGAAGCUCUUCUUCCGUGAACUUAAAGAGCCUCUGAUACCUUGUUCUAUGUAUGUCAGAGUUCUUGCAGCUUGCUCUAUUAAGCCCAGAGAAGCAAGAAUAAAGGAAUUUAGGGAUAUCAUUCAAGCUCUACCUCCAUGCAAUAGGGAUACACUGAAGUUCCUUUUAGAACACCUUUUGAAAGUAACAUACUACAGUGAGCGCAACAGAAUGCACAACGCAAAUCUCGCCAUAGUAUUCGGCCCAACUUUACUUUGGGCCCCGGAUGAGCAAGCUGACAGAAUGGCCAUUGACUGCAUACAGCAAAAUAAUGUUGUGGACAUCCUCCUCAACGAGUUUAAAGAAAUAUUCGCCGAGGAAAACGUCGGAAAAGGAAAGAAAAAAGCGUGAUUAAUAUUUACUCCACGUUGGGUUCCGUGACUUAAGACUGUUUGUGUAUUGGAUAGUGUUGGUGCGUUUAGUCAAAUACCAAUGGAAGAAGAGAUUUACUUUAGUACUUGUAUUGGUUAUAUUAUGUAAUAUUAAAGCGUGAGAAAAUAAAGUAAAUUUAUAUUAAUUUAUUAUACAAGAAUUACUAAUAUAAAAUUAAACAUUUAUUAGUUGAAUAAUUUAUCUAGAUGAUAUACUAUUAGCAACAAUGAUCUCCGGUGUUUUGAGAUAAUCAUGACAUAAAUUUGAUUCAUAUUCCUUUAUGAAUGCCAAAGCUUAUCAAUAUGCUGACAAUUUCCAUUUGAAAUUUAUUGUGAUCAAAUGAGACAGAAACAAUGUCAAAGAGGCUAGUUAAGUAUUAAUAGUUUAACUGCCAAGUCAGAGUUUCGAGUGAGUUUACGAUUACGUAAAUCGUUAAUUUGUUGAGGAUUAUUAAUUGUAUCCAGUACAGCCAAAUUAUAAAAAUUAUAGAUUUCGCUUCUAGGUUGACAGUAAUUGGACUUUGUUUAUUUCAAAUUAUAUUAUAAAUAUUUCAAUUUAUAAAACAAUGAAAAAACGGUUUAUUGUUUCGAUUGCAAUUGAUAAUUUUUCUGAUUUUAGUAUGAACAUCUAAUUCAUUGAUAUGGAAGAUUUAACGUCGUUUUACUUUUAAUCGUUCUUAAUUUAACUCUAACCGAAUCCUAAAUUUAUCAGCUAAUAUAAAUUAACUCACGUAACUAUUUCGGAAGAAAUACCAUCAAUAAAUUUAAUAUACCUAUCAGAGUUUGGAUGAUAUAUCCAUUUAUAUAAUAAUAUAAGUAAUUAUAUUUGUUUAUUAAAAUUGUAUUAUUUUUAAUUAUUUUGGGGCCAACAUUGUAUAUAUCCUUGAUUAGAGUAGGCUGAAAGCCAGGUGUUUGUGCCUUAAGCAAUAUGUUUUGUAAAUAUUCAUCAUAGAUGACGUUAUGUGAUAGAAAUAUUAAUAAUACAGUCCAUUGAAAAGACAGUCUAGUCCUUAUUUCCUAAUGGACCAUGUAACGGUAAACUUAUAAAAUGUAUCAGUACAGAAAAACGUAUCGGAGUGGUGCGGAAAAGUAUCAACAAUGAUCUUAAAAUUAUUUUUAUUAUUCCGGUUAAGUUUACCGUUAAAUGUUUAAUUAAGUGACAACAUAAUUGAGCUAUAGAAGAUGUGGCACCACUGAAGUUAUGAGAUUUUUAACAAAAUAGAUUACUAUUUAAGUUUGAAUAGUAGUUUGAUAUAAAGUAUUUUUAAUAAAUAACCAGUCGACAUUGAGGUCAUUCAUUACACGGCUGCUAAGUUUAACCAUAAAAAAAUUCUCCAAUAAAAAAUAAUAUUCAUGUGGUGCCAUUCUACUGUCUGUGUGUACUACUAAUGAAUACAUCUAUGUAACAGACCAUGUAGAGAUAUAAAAGUUAUAAUGAAGAUGUAUCUAGAAGGAUUUAUUUAAGCAAUCGCUUUUAUAUGUUCGUGUACAUAAAUUAUUUGUCAGUGGCUUGGAACCAAAGUUUACUAUCGGCUGAUGAUACCAAUAAUAAUUGUUGAAUAUUAUUUUAAUAAGUAAAUGCUUGGAAACGAAGUUACAUAAAAUAAAAUACAAUAUUAUACAGAAAAA